AUGGCAUCUCUCCCGCUUCCACGUGUUGAGUCCCUGGCGGAGUCUACCUCCUUCAAACUCACCGUUCUCCCCUACCUUUCCCAGCUGCAGUAUCUCCCCGCUAGCUUGCACGAAGCUGGGCGCGAUCUGGGUAGCUUGAAGGAUGUUUAUCUUGCGACAAACCCCCUGGGUCGGUCUUGGCUGCGCUUUUUUUUCUUGGCUGCCGAGGUCAACCGUAACUAUUCGCAGGUGGACCGUUUCUGGAGUAUCUUGCCAGCGGUGUACAACGUACACUUCGCCGCUUGGGCUCGCCUAGCUGGCAUCCGUACCCAGUCCUUAGAUACCAUUGCCGUCAUCACUGUGUUGUGGAGUGCUCGUCUGACCUUCAACUACUGGCGCAAAGGUGGCUACCAGAUCGGAUCCGAGGACUACCGCUGGCAGAUCGUGCGCAGCAAGGUGAACAAUGUCUUCUUGUUCACCAUCUUCGACUUCUCGUUCAUCGCCGUCGCCCAGUCGAUCCUGCUACUCCUGAUCACCUGCCCCAGCUAUGUGUUUGUUGUUCUCGCAUAUAACCAGGGCACCGAAACCUUUGGCCUGCCCGAUCUCGCAUUCUCUCGCGCAGCUUUCUUCUUCAUCAUCAUCGAAUACUUUGCGGACCAACAGCAGUGGAACUUCCAGACCGCCAAACAGGAGUACCAGAAGAACGCACGCAUUGCAGGAGAAAACAAGGACCAGUAUUCCCCUGAGGAUUUGGAGCGUGGCUUUGUUGUUAGCGGACUCUGGUCUUGGUCGCGUCACCCCAACUUCGUCGCCGAGCAGGCCGUCUGGAUUACCUUGUACCUCUGGGCCUGCUACCGUACCGAGACCUACUUCCAGUGGGCCGGACUCGGCGUUGUUGGAUACAUGAUGAUCUUCCAGGGCAGCACCCGUCUAACUGAAACUAUCAGUGCUGGCAAGUACUCUGAAUAUGUGGAGUACCAGGCUCGCGUUGGCAGAUUCCUGCCCCGUCUAUCUGCCGAAGCCUCAAAGCCCAAGAAGGCCGCUGCUCCGUCUGAGGAGGAGCAGGUUGAUGACAAGAAGAGCAACUAG